AUGGUGAGCGCAGCCUCGCUUUGUGCUGUUCUGGCCCGAAUUAACCGCGGUAUUAACGCGCUCAAGGCAGAGAAUACUAAGACUCGUGAAACUUGGCCAGGAAGAAAUUCAAUAGCUUCAGGGCACAUGAUAGACCCUGAAAACCCUUUGUUUGCCAAGAACCUGGGGAUGGACGGUCAUGUUGAUUGA